CGUCUCAUUGCAGUAAGGCCUACCUGAAACUAAAGGUGGGAGUCUCCUCCUCCGUCGACGCCACGCCCCUUCACACGCAUACGGCAUCUUCCAGGAAGAAACCCCGGAGUGAGAGUCGUCCAGCAGCGGUGAAUGAGCGGCAUCUGUCAGCUGUAAAGAGGAUCUUUAAGAAGUUUCUAGCUAACGGAGGAACAGUCAACAUGAUUAUUAAGGAGUUCCGGAUUGUCCUGCCCAUAUCAGUGGAGGAGUACCAAGUGGGUCAGCUGUAUGCAGUAGCAGAGGCCAGUAAGAACGAGACAGGUGGAGGUGAAGGUGUGGAGGUGAUCAAGAACGAGCCCUAUGAGAAUCCUGGAGAGAAAGGACAGUACACACACAAAAUCUACCACCUGAAGAGUAAAAUUCCAAGUAUUCUCAGCAAGAUAGCUCCUGCAGGUUCACUCUUUGUUCACGAGAAGGCCUGGAAUGCAUAUCCCUACUGUCGAACCAUCCUCAAGAAUGAAUACAUGGGAGACAAUUUUGAGAUUAAGAUCGAGACGUGGCACAAGCCUGACAUGGGGGAUACGGAAAACGUACACGGACUGGACGAAGCCACAUGGAAAACGGUGUCAGUAGACAACAUUGACAUCGCUGACAGAAGUGUCAUAAGUCAAAAGGACUACAAAGAAGAACAGGAUCCAGCCAAAUUCAAGUCGGAGAAGACGGGGAGGGGGCCUCUGAAACAGAACUGGAAGAAAGAGCUGGCUAACGACCCCAACUGUCCUCACAUGUGUGCCUACAAGCUGGUCACCAUUAAAUUCAACUGGAAGCUGAUCGGUAAAACUGUGGAGAACGCCAUCCAGAAGGCGGAGAAACGCUUGUUCACCAACUUCCACAGACAGCUGUUCUGCUGGAUCGACGGGUGGAUCGAUCUGUCCAUGGAUGACAUCCGACGCAUGGAGGAGGAGACACAGAAGGAGCUGGAUGAGAUGAGGAAGACUGGGGAAAUUAGAGGCACGUGUCUUGACGAUAAAUGAUGGCAGCUGAACACAGAGGAUUUGACUUCAUCAGCAGGCUCAGACUCCUUUCCUCUCUCACUGGACCAACGACAGCUUUAUGGGCUUAAUCAGGAACCCCACACUUACAUUCUAAAGAAUAUGCUCUUAAUAAGAGCUCAUUGUUGUGUGUAUUCAUGUACUACAUUUAAAUACAACCACACCAGCUGUUAGUGUUUUUUAAGAGACAAGAGUGCAAGUUGGGAAUCAGUUUUGAAUUUGUCUUGAUUAUGCUCAUGGAGUCCCUGUACAUUUAAACUCAUUAGGGAAAAGGUGUGGGUCGUCUUUGAAAGAACAUUUCUCUUUCAAUGUCUUCUGUAUCCUCCAGUCUUCAGAGAUUCAUUGUUAAUGUGUGACUGUCAACAUCUGCAAAAAUAUCCAGAUUUACCAGAUUCUUAGAUUUGUUCAUAAUUUACCAGAUUAGAAAAAUGUCUUCACUGCUCAGUUUCCUGAGCGCGCACCUCUUCUUCUGUUAUUCUCAGUUCCUGCACCCCCCUGUUGCUUAAGAUUUCUGAGUUAUUUAAUUCAUUUCAUUAGGCUUAUGUACGAUGGCCCUGAAGGUCAACUGCAAAAACAUUUCAGUUUUGCGUUUCAUGAUUUUAUUUUUGAGAAGUUUUUGCUUUUCACAAAAUGUUCUGCAUUUUCUGAAAUUGUGUUGCUCGUCAUUCAAUGUUUUGUGCUUUACAUUUAUUAUUUCAGUGAAAUUGUUGAUGCAGUUGACCUCCAAGGCCACCAUACUUAAAGCCUCAUGAUUUAUUUAUAACUACUAAAACAGACUCUAUCAUAGAGAUUUAUUAUGUUUACAAUAUCCUGGUAAUCUUUGUCUGACUCCCCUGAUGAAGCACUUCCGUCUCAUUAACUGUUGAAAAACGUCACUCUAAGUUUAUCCUUUGUUUAAUGUAGUAACCUGGAUGUAAUAUAAGGACCUCUAUCUGCAUAUUAAAGACAAUGGAUGUGUUCCUUA